AUGAUUACUAUUUCGCCCCAACCUCCUGCUAUUACUCAGGCCGAAGACACCCCGAGCCUUCCGCAGCGUCCUCUUGGUGCUGAUGUGGAUCCACGCAUCGCGAGCCUGCACGCUAUGUUCCCAGAUUUCGACGACUCUCUACUAUCAUCUGUACUCCAGAGUGUCAACGGUGACCAGGAUCUGGCAGUUGACACAUUGUUGGGGAUGAGCGAUCCUGAUUAUGUCUCACAGCCGCUACAGCCGCCGGAGCAGCGUGAGCCUACUCAGACUGAUCUAGACGAGCAACUCGCUCGACGUCUUAUGCUCGAGGAAGAGCAAGCUGCACAGAAUCAGUGGCGCCCUCCGCAGCAGGGACAAGGGCCCCAAACCUAUCAGUCGAGGUGGUAUGACAGUAUGGCGCAGGCGGUUGCUCCACCGCAACGGGACACUAUGGCAGAAUUUCAAGAUGGUUUCAACAAGAUAGCAGAAACUGGCAAGAAGACAUUCUCUUCGAUUGUUUCAAAAGUUAAGGCGAAGAUACAGGAAUACGAUCAGGGCCAGGGAGCACAAGAUACACAACCUACGUGGGGUCAGACAUCUCAACCUUCAUGGGGCGGUGUACAACCCACGCAGCACCAGGAAUCCUACUAUGACCCCAAUCCACCGGGCGAAAGUGGAAUUCGUGGAAGCGGGUGGCAAUCUCCUCCCCGUCCCGGUGGAGCCAACUCAAAUCCAAGGACGAACUCCGUUCCUACUCUCGCUCCAAGCGCGACAUACGCUCCUCCGAACUUCGUCACUCAGACUGUACCGAACUCUACGUCCGUUGCAAGCAAUAGCCCGACCUAUGCAGGGUCAUCGACGUAUUCCCCGCCGAACACAGGCAUGGGCACGUCCCCUCCUCCCGAACUUGCUCGGCGGUCGGGUGACACCCCAAGGCCGCCGUCCACGGGCGUUGGUACCCCGAGUGGCAUAGAUGCCACUAAAUUUGGACUUCUGCCCAAACGACCUGUAUCACUCCUUCGGGAACAGCCCCAACCUACACACAGAGACGAUAGCGACGAUGAGUUGGAAUACACGGAAAAUCCAUUUGAGGAGAGGAGGUAA